GGGCAGAAAGGCAAAUCGCAACAGCGAACAGAUGUGAACCGGACUACGACCAGAGUACAAGCUGUCGUCUGGACGAAAACCCUGUCAUACUACUAAUAUGUGGCAACCAGCGUCGGAGAGACUGCAGGUAGGAUACGACGGCCAGCGAUUGCGUUGACUGGAGCCGGAUAAUCAAGAUUGCGCUGUCUUUUUAUGUCGUCUGAUUCCCAGCGUGAUGUCACUUUCAGAGCAUGCUGAAGACCAAGUUGAAUGUGCUGACGCUGAGAAAGGAGCCGUUGCCCACGGUGAUCUUCCAUGAGCCCGAGGCCAUUGAACUUUGCUCCACCACACCACUUACCAAGAACAAAACCCAUGCCGGAUAUAAGGUGACCUACCUGGGGAAGGUGGCCAUUUCUGGAACCAACUUCUUGUCUGGCUGCACAGAGUCAGCGGUGGUGGGUCUGGUGGAACAUCGCACUCUCGCUCAGCAGCAGGGCACGUGCCCCGCUGGCAGCUCUCUACUGGAGAUACGGCCCUUCCAGGUGCGUCUCCACCACCUGGAUGGGCACGGCGAGGCCUCAGUAACCAUGGACACCUACCAGGUGGCGCGGAUCGCAUAUUGCACAGCCGAUCACAGCGUCCAGCCCAACGUAUUUGCCUGGAUCUACCGGGAGAUCAACGACGACCUCACCUUCCAGAUGGACUGCCACGCCGUGGAGUGUGAAAGCAAGCUGGAGGCCAAGAAGCUAGCGCACUCCAUGAUGGAGGCUUUCCGCAAGACUUUCAAUAGCAUGCGCUGCGAUGGGCGCAUCCACAAGAGUGGCUCUUCAGAUGAGUUUGCUGAGGAUUCUUCCACUCCAGAAGAUUCGACCCCAGACGAUGGUUGAAGUGACGCUGACACAAACACCCGAUCCCCAUUCUGACAAAACAAGGGGUGAAGGGAAGGAUGGACAGAUUACCUGCUCUCUCUCAUGCUCCCCUUUUACUUUCACGCUGACCAUUAGCAGACGAAAAGAAUCAAUUUGACUGAUCUGAUCAUAUUUCAAGUCCCAUAAGAAUUUUAGUCCAAUUUAAAAAAUUGGAAGUCACCCGUAAGAGAUUGGCCAGAUAUUUGCAUCCCCAUGUUCCACAAUGUUCAUCCUGCACGCAGCGGAGGCACUUGUCUGUGGUCAUUCAAGUUUUUCGAACAGCGGAACCACAAACAACAAUACCUGAUCUUUAAAAAAAUGCAGGUACCCAGCAGUAAGAGGCCUCCGACUUUAUUUUGGGCCCCAAUCCUGAAUUGAUGAGACAGUCGGAACGCAUUCAUUUUUGUGCUUGCGCAAUAGCCGUUGCAUCUUUGGUAAAAGCAAACAAUAGUACUCCGUAGUACCGCCUUAUCAUUUUCAUGGUACUUCUUGAUCUUCCUCCAACUACAGGUAUUUACUCAUAUGGUACUUAGCUACGCCAGUACAUGUAGGACAUUGAAAUACUCGACGUUUCAAUGAUAGCUGGAGCGUUUUUUUGUGACAUCUUAAUCAUUCUUGGCUGAUUUUUGUUUCAAACGUACCAAAAUUCAGGCUUCAACCGUGCCUGUCGGAUUAUGUGCCUCAACUUCAUCGACAUUUGUUUUGUCGAGGACCUGAUGAGGAUGUCUGGCUGAAUGCGUGCGGCCGCUUCUUUUUGUUUUAUCGCUGUGGUUAGAGACGAUUGUGUACAAGUGCUUGUAGCCUGCGUUAAGUAGAAACAGAUAGAUUCAGGAAUGGCGGUAAAAGGAUCCUGCGUGAACAGACCGAGGUGAGGACUCAAGCAAACAAGGCACUGUGAUCAAUUACGGUCCCGUAUGAACGUAGCCAUGCAACCAGCGAGCCUUCGGAGAUCGAGGCUCAGAUCUUUUGCGUCUGAAAGUUCAAAAAGUCCAAAAGACUGAAUGCUUCUUCACAUCACCUGUAGUCAUCUCGGCCCCCGACGAAGUCUUCAAGCAACGGUAGUUCUACAGGAGUGCCAAGUCUGUUUACAGCUAACCGCUUGCAGCACUGAGAGUCCAGACCUGGCUCAAGUAAGGCUCUGACAAACAGUUGGGCGAAUCAAGGCUAACAUGCACACAUUCAGCCAUACAUCGAAUUCAAACAUACUGUAUGUACAUGCACAUUGCAUUGCGCUCCCACUUAAUAAGCCUAUGUAAAUAAAAUGUAUCACGUUACAAAUAUUACAGCAUAAGUGUUGAGAAGUAUUUUAAAUAAAUACAUUUAAAAAAAAAGCUGAGAAAUAUUGUACGAUAAAGCAACAGUGUUAUAAAACCUACUGUGAAUCGUCAGUGGAGAGCCCGAUAAAAGUGAUUUGUUGCGUGUGAGCGUGCGUUUGCGUGUGCGUUUGUUGUCCAUGUUAGAUGAGAUUGGACGCAAUGUGUGCAUGUCCAAGGAGGGAGAAAACUUCUCAUGUCUGUUUGAAAGCUCCGACUUGCUUUAAAUGUUUGACAAAUGUUAAAACAAGUGUUUUCUAUACAGUGUCUGCAAAGAUCAAGAACCAGUUGCAUAUAAAGCAUUUUCAAAGACCA